GCCCUCGACCUCGACGUGAUCAUAUUCCCCAAGACCGGUCUCAGUCAUUCCUUCAUCGGAUGGCGACCGUUGCUUGGACGUUUGGCUCAGCCUCAUAGUGCUGACGACCUCGCAUCACGAUCGGCCCCCCGGCCUCGACGUGAUGCCCUAUCUCAACACCGGCUUUAUCAGCGCCAAGUGUGUUGAGCUAGCGAUCGGGCUCCCCAUCCCUUCCUGGAUGGUGACCGUCGCCUCUACAUGACGACCGGCUCAUCUCUGCCUCGUCAUCAUUAUUCGGAUCGGCUACCCAUUAUCGCCAUCCUUAUAUCACGACCGCCGCCCCGGCCUCGGCGUGAUGAUCUAUCUCAACACCGGCUUCAUCAGCGCCGAGUGUGUUGAGCUAGCGAUCAGGCUCGCCAUCCCUUCCUGGAUGGUGACUAUCGCCCCUACAUGGCGACCGACUUAUCAUCGCCUCGUCAUUGUUAUUUUGGAUCGGCUCCUUAUCACGGCCGUCCUCACAUCACGAUCGGCCCCUAGGCCACGAUGUGAUGUCCUAUCUCCGAGACCGGCCUCUCAUUGCCGAACGUCUUGGGUUAGCAAUCGGGCUUGCCGUCCCUUCCUGGAUGGUGACUAUCGCCCCUACAUGGCAACCGGCUUAUCAUCGCCUCGUCAUUGUUUUUUUGGAUCGGCUCCUUAUCACGGCCGUCCUCACAUCACGAUCGGCCCCUAGGCAACGAUGUGAUGUCCUAUUUCCGAGACCGGCCUCUCAUUGUCGAAUGUCUUCGGUUAGCGAUCGGGCUCGCCAUCCCCUCCUGGAUGGCGACCGUCGCCUCUAUAUGAUCGGCUCAGCAUUGCCUCAUCAUCGUAUCAUCAGACAGGCGUCCCACGCCCCGUCCUCAUAUUCAGACAGGCGUCCAGCGCCUCGUCCUCAUAUUCAGACAGGCGUCUAACGCCUCGUCCUCAUAUUCAGACAGGCGUCCAACGCCUCGUCCUCAUAUUCAGACAGGCGCCCAGCGCCUCAUCCUCAUAUUCAGACAGGCGUCCAACGCCUCGUCCUCAUGUUCGGAUCUAGCAAACAUCUUGCGGUCUCCGGCUCAGAGACUAAAGGAUCUCAGAUCUCAUCUAUAGGCCCCUCGGCCACAUCUUGCUCUAGCAUCUUUAUUUGAUGACGAAGGGCUCUCAUACAGGCCCAUCAGCCAUAUAUCUUGCUCCGUCAUCUUUAUUUGAUGGCGAAGAGCUCAUCUACAGGCCCAUCGGCCAUAUACCGCUCUGUCAUCUUUAUUUGAUGACGAAGAGCUCAUCUACAGGCCCAUCGGCCAUAUAUUAUUCUGUCAUCUUUGUUUGAUGACGAAGAGCUCAUCUACAGGCCCAUCGGCCACAUAUCGUUCUGUCAUCUUUAUUUGAUGACGAGGAACUCAUCUAUAGGCCUCUGAGCCAUAUCUCGCCCCGUCGUCUUUAUUUGACGACGUGGAGCUCUUAUGCAGGCCCCUCGGCCAUACAUCGCCCCGUCAUCUUUAUUUGACGAUGUGGAGCUCUUAUCCAGGCCCCUCGGCCACACAUCGCCCCUUCGUCUUUAUUUAACGAUGUGGAGCUCUCAUAUAUGCCUCUCGGCCACUACUCCCAGUCAUCUUUAUUUGAUGACGUGGAGCUCACAUCGGCCCAUCGGCCUCAUAUUCUGGUCAUCUUUAUUUGAUGAACCAGACAUCAUAUUAUGGACGGUCGCUCGACCCAUCCCUUAGUCAUCUUUAUUUGAUGACUAGGACUACUGAUCAUGACGAGCUACCCACAUCUAUGGAUCGGCCUCUGCCAUCCCCUCGGCAGACGGACACCGCUGCAGCUCCACCUCUAGGCCGAAGGGCUCGCACCUUUUGUUUCGUUCUGGGGGCAUCCGAUGUACUCUUUUUCCCUCAUUAGGAUUUUUUCCCACAGGGUUUUUCCUAAUGAGGUUUUUAACGAGGCAUCUCCCCAUUGUGGAUCAAAAGGUGUCAACCCUCGGCCCCCUGUUGCAGACAUCAUCAGGCAUGCAUUACUCUACUCCUCUUCACCUCGUUACACUCGCCUCAAGGAGUGGGGGACUGGGAGAGCGGGGGACUUAGCGCCUUCGCUACCAAAGAAGCAGAAAUUCAAAAUUUUGCAAGGAUUGCCACUCGCACCGACGACAUCAUCAUAUCACAUACAUAUUCAGCUGCCACAUCGGCCAGCACAUAUACAUAGCUCCCCGGCCUUAAGACCGGUAGUGAUGGUCUCUAGCCUGCGACCUUCGGCUGAGGAUUCUCUCACAGGGUUGCCUCAGUCAGGGCUCGCCAAUGGGACCGGAUCAUCGGCAUGGGAAUCCGGGCGAGGCGCUUCGGCGACGACAGCAGUUUACUCACCGGACGACGACAGAUCAGCACACAGUUCUACUCUCUUUCGCCUCGAGUACUCUCGACUCAGAGAGUGGGGGACUCCUGAUAGAGUAUAUAGACUCGGACCCCCGGGUCUCACGACUAUUGGGCCUGGACAGCGGCCCACAUACGCUCAGUAGAUAGCAUUUAUCUCAUUGUACACUCUAUUUUAUUCAUGUAUAUCCAUUAGAAUAGAUUAGAUACCAUUUAUUAGCCAUUUAUUGGCCUUUUAUUGUAACUGGGCCAGCCAGGCCCAAGCAUGGAAGCCCAGCCCUCUUUUCUCCUAUAAAUACUCCCUAUGGGAGCCAUGUAAAAAGGGAUUGAUUGGAAAGUUGGAAGUUGAAAUUUAUUAUACACAUCACUUUAUCUCUCUA